CUUCUGUAGCCUGAAAACAGCCUGCUGGGUUUCAUCCACCGUGCCAUGGCCACUGCGCCAUGCCGGCGCCACGUCGGCUGCUGAUUUCAGGUGUGAAGUCAUGUCCAUACUAUACAGCUGCUAUCAAGUGUUGGCGCCCAACUGAAGUGCACUCUGAGUUGCCGAGUUUGGAGGUCCAGGAGUUCUCAGAGAUGGCUGAGUUUCACCGCUGGGCAGCGGAGACGGGCUACGGAGCGCAACGGAGCAGCCCUUUAUGUCUCUUGGAUGAUUCCCUGCUCGGAGGAUAUGUCGACUUGAGAGCUUGGCUGGCCGAACACCUUCAAGGAGCGAUGCCGGAGGCUCGCAUCGCCCUGUUGUCCUUGAAAAAGCAUCUGCGCGGCCGCUGGCUGGUGGACUUAAGGCCAUGUGGAGGUUGGCAUGUGAUGGCUUGCUGGAGGUCACAUGGUUCUUGUGUUGAAAAACACAUUUGUGGGUGUGGCAACAGCCUGUAAGGUCAAGGUUUUAUCACAUGCUUUCGGUAUGGGCAAGAUUUCUCUGGUCGGUGGAUAUGUUUGUUUAUGUUCCCUUCAGAAACAAGCAGUACAAAACAAAGAAUCAGGCUGCACACAAAGUCAAGUGCUUUUUACGGAGACGGUUCAUAUUGGUCAGAAAUUCAUCCGCCAGACCCCUUCAGGAUCCGCC